GCCAAAGAGGAAGUGGAAUAUCUUUGUUCCUGGGGUAGCGUGUUUUACCCUCCUGAAACCUUCUUGAAGAGUUUCCCGACAAGCAGACAAACUUUGCGUGGCUCGUAUUUGACAGCGACAUGGUUAAGUUAUCUGCGGAGCUAAUCGAGCAGGCUGCUCAGUAUACCAACCCAGUCAGAGACCGGGAGCUGGAUUUACGAGGUUAUAAAAUCCCAGUGCUGGAAAAUCUCGGAGCCACUCUGGACCAGUUUGACACCAUCGACUUCUCAGAUAAUGAAGUGAGAAAACUAGACGGCUUCCCUUUGCUGAAGAGACUGAAGACGCUGCUGAUGAACAACAACAGGAUCUGUCGCAUAGGUGAGAACCUGGAAAUGGCUCUGCCGAGUCUGAGAGAACUCGUCUUGACCAACAACAGCAUUCAGGAGCUAGGCGACUUGGAUCCACUGGCCUCGGUGAAAACGUUAACCCUCCUCAGCUUGCUAAGGAAUCCAGUGACCAACAAGAAGCAUUACAGGCUCUAUGUCAUCAACAAAAUCCCACAGAUCCGUGUUCUCGACUUUCAAAAAGUAAAGCUCAAGGAACGCCAGGAGGCAGAGAAGAUGUUCAAAGGCAAACGAGGCGCCCAACUCGCAAAGGAUAUCGCCAGGAGAACAAAAACGUUCACUCCUGGAGAGGCAGCACAGCCCGAGAAGAGGAGGACAGGACCAUCUCAAGCAGACGUCGAGGCCAUUAAGAACGCCAUCAGUAAUGCGUCGUCACUGGCCGAGGUGGAGAGGUUGAAAGGCAUGCUGCAGGCCGGCCAGAUACCCGGCCGAGAUCUCAGACAAGACCAAACAGACAUGGAGGAGGAAGAGGAGGAAGAGGGCACCACUGCAGAGGAGGAGGGACAUAUGGAGGAAGGUUAUGAAGAAGAGACAAAUGACCAGGAUCAGGGGCAGGAGGAUGAAGACAUGGAUGAAGAGCCACAUGAAAAUGGCUCCUGAAAGCUUUUUUUCUGUAGAUUUUCUGUUGCACAUAUUUACCAGUCUGUUUUGUUUCAUCUUUUUUUUUUAAUUUUGUAAUAUUACAUACAUUAAACUGGUUUCCUGUAAGCUUGUGAGUGGGGACUAGUCAUUGUGUGCGGUUUUACAUCAAUUUCUGAACAGAAGUGUAAUAGUCUCAUAACAGGAAAAAAUGCUGAUUUACAGAUUAUUAAAGAUUGGAA